UAACAGAAUCGCUUUUCAACACGCAUUUAAUAACGGCAUUAUUAAAAAAAAAAAACAAUUAACUAUCAUAAUAAUUAGUACCUGAAUUCCAUAAAAAAGUUGUAUUACAAAAAUGAAUAACGCAAAUGGUAGCAUUGUAAAAGCUGAGAAUUGGAGAGUAAUUUACAACUCUGGAAUCAGAAUAACACUUUUUGCCUUCAUUUAUGACGCUUUUACUUUUUAUAUUAUUUCAUAGGAAGCGUGGUUAAUUAAGCACAAAACAGAGGUCUACUUGUUUUAAAUUCUGUAGCAUAUUUAACCGUUUUGGUUGAUACGACUGAAUGAUUUCCUUGCUCGACUCAGUUGAUUGAUUAAAAACAAUCAUCGCCACUACGGAAAAAUUGUUAUUACCUAGAUUUACCUUUUAAACGAAGGCUAAACAAUGAUUAAUUUACAAAAGGGAAAUGGCGAUGUAUUUUAGGAAUAAUUGCAUUAAACUUGAGUGAACAAGCGCUACUUCAAAUCAAAUUAUCUUUGUGGUCGAGAUGUGUUAAUUUAAAAAAGUUAGAAAUGAGGAGAUACUAGAAAGAGUAGGAGAAUCGAUAAGAAAUAUGCGAAAUAGGUCGGUAGGGGACACUUUCUCAGUCAGGAAGGGCUAGUUAGAGACAAAUUAGAAGCAGAAAUGAAAUUAAGAGGGUUAAAUGCGAAGUUUGACUGAAAAUUGGAACAAGUGGAGUUACGUGUCCAACCAGUCUUCGGGCUGAAGAACUUAUAGUGAUAGUUCGAUUAAUAUACCUACAUGUGUUAACUGUUUCUAUUUAAAAUUGCAACUAAAUACAUAAAACAAAGAAACAAGUUUUAUUUGCAUUUUUUAGUAUCACAUAGAACAGGAGGAAAUGGAAAAGAAACUGAAAUCGAUGUGUUGUUCCAUGGUGAAGCAAUUGUCGAAUAUAAGUAAAAUGAGUUUUAAAGAAACUGUUGUAAAAAGAGUUCAUUACCAAGGUCUUCUUAAGUUUGAUCGAGAAAGCGCAACUAUCAUUAGGAAUCAAUUUGAGUGUAUCCAAAAGAAAAAAGAUUUCCUGGAGCGAACAAAAAAACGCUAUUCGGAAUUAAACGAAGCCCGACAAAAACAAUUGCAAGUAGAUCAACAUCAAUUAAACUUUUUUAAAGAUUGUCUAUUCGUCAUGAGAAAAAGGAUGCUUUUGGACACAAAACUGGACGAAAAGCGACGCAUUACAUUAAUCGAGUGUUCUUAUAAAGCAAUAAAGAUUUUAGAGAGCAUAGCUUCCAAAGGACAACAAAUUUUACAACUAGCGCAAACUUGUGAAAGUCUUGAAACGCAAUCAGACAAAAUAUCACGUUGGCAUUAUUUAUUUCAACAAGAAGAAACGAAAGAUCAUUUUGAUAAAAAAGGAGACGGUUACAUUAAUAAAAAUGAUCUGUAUGAAGAUAGCGAAAUCGAAAUGGAACGAAAAGGCUUUAACGAAAACAACAGUUAUUUUCGAAGAAUUAAUUUGCUUCAUUCUCCUUCCCAGAAGGCUGAAAGUAAUUUAGAUGAACUCAUCAAUGAAUUAAAUACCUUGGCUUCGCCCACAAGAUCGAAUUGCUUGUCAUCUACAUCACAAUCACCUUCACCCAAUCUUGUUCUUAUUAAUGAAACAGACAAAGCAAUUAUUAAACAAGAUUUAUUACUUUCUGUGCAAUCUUAUUCUGAUACUAUUCGAACUUUUUCCUACUCGAAAUCAGCCCUUAAACGUAGCAAAUCAAGCACUCACCCAACCCCGGACAGACCAAAAGCAGUACAUCCAAAAAAAUCAAGUUCUGCUCCGGCAUCUAUCAUGAAUCGUAAACCUACUGAAUCAAACAAUAGAAAGGAAUUUCGUGAAACGAGUCCGUCGAUAAUUAAAAUUUUGGAUGAAUUUAAGUCACUUGAAGGAAUGGAAAACUUUUGGACUAUUUACAACAAAGUUGAAAUAGAAUGUAUCCGUCUCAAAAACGACAAGUUUAUUCUACUUGAAGAAAAUAAGCAAUUGAGAAACGAUCUCAGAUUUCUGUUUCAGAGACAUGAGAUAGCUGGCGAACUUCCGCAGCCGUUGAGAUCAUAGAAGAAUUUCAUCCGAGGUUUAAACAGUAUAAGGCAGCUUUUGCAAUCAUUUCUAAUUAUACUUCAUUGUUAUAUAUACCUCUAUAUAUAAAUUUAUCUGAUACAUGAAAUAAAUCUCUUUCAAAAUGUAUUUACCUCCAUAGUAUGGUAUACAUAUGUAUAUAUAAAAAUUAACAUGUCAGGUUUUGAAGAACUUCCGCAAUUAUGUUAGAAGUCGACUUUAAUUAAUGUACAAAAACUAAAUUAAAACAAUCCAAUAAAAAUACAUAAGUAUUUAUUAAUUCAGGUUAGAAACCAAAUAGGAAAUAUUGCAUUCGAAAGACAUAAUGGAAGUUUUCUUUUAGGAUUAUUUUCAUGAUUUAUUUACAAUUAAAACUAACUAAAGUAAUGACGACGAAACAUAACGACAUGUUCUUCUGAAGAGAAACUGCAACGGCACGUUUCUCCAUUUCAACAAAUAUUGUAUUUGUUAUUUAACUACCAAUAGUGCAAAUUCUGUAGAAAACAAUUUGCAAACAUAUUUCGGCUUUUAAAAAAAUAGAACGCUAUAAAACAAAAUUUAUUUAUACACUAUUAUUAGAUUAGUAUUUCAAUAGUCCUGUUAUCCAUUUUUUUUUAAAUUAGGGUGAAUAAUAAAUAGAUAAUAGGCACUUCUAAAGGCAGAAAUAUACAAUAGGUAGAUUUUAAACUCCAUUAAAGCAUGUAAGUAAAUCUCAAAACAGCCAAACAAUAAUUAAUCUUUUUAAAUAACGUAACUUUGGUCUUUGGUAUUUAGGUAAAUUGAAACGUUCUUUAUAUUCGAAAAAAAAAACAAAUAAAUAUAAUAUGCACAAAAUAAAUCGUAUCAGUCUUUCAUUAUAUACGUUUCUAUCUGCAUUGUAUAUUACACGUACUCAGCGGUCUCUUCUAGAUAAAUAAACUAUAAAUAAGAAACAAUAUGUAAAAUAAUAAAUAAAAUUUUCAAACUUGAAUCUUAUCUAAAGAUAAUCGUUAGAAAUCGUUGACUAGAAUCGUGUAGACUAGAAACGUUUCUUAGAAAAGAAAAAUAUACCUAAAACAAAUUUUCAAUAAUGUUAAAACUUAAGAGACGGAAUAUUUAUCUAAAUUUACUCUUAAUUCGGUCAGAGAUAUGCGUGAGAAAAGGCUUUGUAUCCGUUAGGCGCUUAACAAAGAAUACCUAGUUAAUUUAAAUGGUUUAUAAAACUAGAUCCCUAUAUCUAU